AUGUCAAAAUCAAAUGGUAAGAAGAGGACUCGAUUUGAUCCUACUGAAAUUGGACUUCCUUCAGAAUUUAUGCUUACAGAUUACACUCGUCUAAAGGGAUGUAGUUGUAAACUACCGCAACCCAAACUGUUAUCACUCUUGCAAACAGUUUGUACUACACCAGGACAAAAGGAUGUUGGGAUGGACUGUAGUAUUGUUAAACUUCAACAAAAAAAUGAGCAUGGAGAAGACUUAUUUAUGGUUUCAACUACAGAUUUUUUCUUUCCAAGUGUGGAAGAUCCAUACUUACAAGGACAAAUUGGUGCUGCAAAUGUACUUUCUGAUCUAUAUAGUAUGGGUAUUGAUCGUUGUGACACUGUUUUAAUGCUUUUAGCAGCUAGUGUUGAUAUGGAUGAAUUAGAACGGGAAGUAACCACACGAGAAAUGUUAAAUGGUUUUGUUGAUCAUGUUCGUUUGGCUGAUUCAGAUGUAACAGGUGGACAAACUGUAAUGAACCCAUGGCCUCUUAUUGGUGGAAUAGCCACAAGUGUUGUAUCAGAGUCUGAGAUGGUGCGUCCUACAGGAUUACAACCUGGUGAUGUGAUGGUAUUGACAAAACCACUUGGUAAUCAAAUUGCAGUUAAUGUUAAACAAUGGUUAAAUAGACCUUCUACUAUUUUUGAAGAAACCAUCAAGGGGAAAAUGACAGAUGAAGAAAUAGAAAUACUAUACAAUGCAGCAACAGAUAGUAUGAAACGUUUAAAUCGAGCUGCGGCAAGAUUAAUGCGAAAAUAUGGAGCCCAUGGAGCUACAGAUGUUACAGGUUUUGGAAUAUUGGGACACGCUGGAAAUCUUGCUGCGGCACAGGAAGAGAAUGUUUGUAUUGUCCUUGACAAACUUCCCAUCUACAAGGGAGCUGUGAAGGCUUCAAAACUCAUGUCUGAUAAGUAUCGACUCUUUGAGGGAUAUUCAGCAGAAACGAGUGGUGGUUUACUCGUGGCUUUUGGAGAUCGUGUUACUGCAGAGAAAUAUAUCAAGGAACUUAUUGAAGCUGAUGGGGAACUAGCGUGGAUUGUUGGGAAUGUAGUCUUACGUGAAGAUCAAUCACCAUCAUCAUCGAGGGCGAUGUUAAGAGAGGGAUAUGAAAUUAUUGAAGUUUGA